CUCUGACAAAAGGGUAUUAUUUUUUUUCCUCCAUUUUCCCUCUCUUCUUUACUCACCCCAUACCUGUCUCACUUUCUUUUUCAGUGUUCACAUCUAUACUGUGAAAAGCCAGCCAGCAUCCAGAAAAAGUCUCUGUUGGAUCUUCUUCUUUUUCUUUACAAACCCAAAUCUCAAUCUCCAUUACACAAUACAGAAUCAUACUGCCUGAAGGUUCAACUCCGGAACUCGGUCAUGCACAAAGGUACUUUCUUCUGUGAAGCAUUAAAAAAAAUCUCAUCUUUGCAUUUUUUUUUUGUUUAGAAAAUGUGCAUUCUCGCACUGAAAUUUCAAGCAUUGAGGUAAUGGUUUCUCACAUUGCUCGGUGGAAAUUGGGUUAAUGGGUUUUAUUUUUUUGUGGGAGUUUGGUGAAGUAUACAAAGGAAAUGUGCAUCUGCUUUCAUUGCUGAAUUCUGGGAUUUUUACUUCAUUGGUGGAACUCUGGCAUUGUCCGGCGGCUGAAAUUCAUCUUGGACGAUUUUGCAUGAGAUGAAAAUGUCUGUUUGUUUGUUUGGAUUUUUAGGAUAUUUGAGGGUGGUUUCAUGUAUAGGAAAGCUGUUACUUUUAGGAUUUAUUAGACGAGGAUUAAACUUUUAUCGGUUUUUGGAUGUCGAAAGAAAUGUGAUUCUUGAUUUUGCGCUAACAUAAUUUGGUUAGGAAUGUGUUUAUAAAUGUGGUAAUGGACUUUACAUUUGCUGUUAAUUUUCAAAGUUCAGACUUUUAAUCUAGUAAGUAUAGGUUCUUUUGUGUUUUUUUGCGGAUGUUUAGAUGGAAAUAUUUGUAUUAAGUGAUGCUGAAAUUAUCAGGCAUCUAGGCUGGAGUUGCCUGGUUGAACUAUUGAUUGAACUGGUAGCUUGCCCAAACAAUGGCUGCAGCUUUGGAGUGUUGGACUAGCCGUUCUGGGGCAGAUGAGGACAUGGUGGAGCAAGUGUUAAUGAGAACACAGGACAGAUCUGAAGCACCUCUGGAAAAUAUCAAUUCUGCAACCUCUGGUGGAGGGGUGUUGAAGGACUCUUCAGUAGUGCAAAAGCGUCUUCAGAGGAUAAGUCGCAAUGUGUCUGAGGCCAUUGCCUCACUUAAGAAUUCCCUCAACCUUGACUUGGUUCGCGAUCUACCCUCUCCAGCGCAGUUAGGUCGUCCUGAAAAUAAUCGGAAACAUGUGUGGGCCAGUGUUGUAAGGAGCUUGACUCAGCUUUAUCCAGGCAGCCAACUUCCAGAAAAGCUUGUUUCCAAUAUUCGCAAGCAUUACGAUUCUUUGCCACUAAGUUAUGCACAAGCAGGAUUUGAAAUGAAAGAUGUUUUUCUGCAUAUGAAGUUGAUCGAGCAAGCAACUAUUGAUGACCACCCAGCAAUGAUGAUACAAGAAGUGUCUGAUGAUGCUGGUAAUGGGUCAGUUUUCAAGCUGACUUUUGCUUGUAACUCUUCACUUUCUUGGCCGGCGAUGUCUGGUGCCCUUGAUAGUGCUUCAAUUUGUUGCAAGAAGAUUCAAAUCUUUGAGAGGAAACAGUUCACUUUGGGAGUUGUUAUGUUGCUGAUUCAGUCAGGGCAUGAGAAAGUGUUCAAAAUCCGGAUUGAAAAUGCUCUUAAAGGAGCUUUGAAGAAGCCAAAAAGUGCUUCCAGGAAGCUGUCUUUCGGGCUUUGUGGCUGUCAGGAGGAAAGUACUACAGGGAGAGAGCUCGGAGAGAUGGAUGACUCUGGGGAGCACACCUAUAGAAAUGGGAUUGAGAAUUGUAGCCCUAAGGUUCAGUUACAAGUACCAUUGCCGAAUUCGUCCAUUGUGGUUUCAGUUGAUGAAUGGCAGACUGUGAAAUCAGGCGGCGGUGAAAUUGGGAAGUGGUUGUUGACUACAGAUAGUCUUGAAUUUGUUGAUCAAAUUGGACCCUACACGUUUAAGGGGUUUUACAGAGGCAAAAAGGUGGCGAUCAAGAAGCUCAGGGGAUGUGAUAAAGGGAGCGCAUACGAGUUUGAACUUCGGGAGAAUUUAUUGCAGUUGAUGACAUGUGGGCAUAUGAAUAUUUUGCAGUUUUAUGGUAUUUGUAUAGAUGAAAUCCAUGGGUUAUGUGUUCUCACUAAGUUGUUGGAGGGGGGAUCAGUUCGUGAUUUGAUGUUAAAGAACAAAAAACUUCAGAUCAAAGAAAUUUUAAGGAUUGCUGCUGAUAUUGCAGAGGGAAUGAAGUUCAUGAAUGAUCAUGGUGUAGCAUAUAGGGACCUAAAUACGCAACGAAUUUUGUUAGAUAAACACGGAAAUGCUUGCUUGGGUGAUAUGGGAAUUGUUGCUGCUUGCAAGAGUGUUGGUGAGCCCUUGGAUUAUGAAACAGAUGGUUACAGGUGGCUUGCGCCCGAGAUCAUUGCCGGUGACCCAGAAGGUGUUGCAGAGACAUCAAUGAGUAAUGUGUAUAGUUUCGGAAUGGUAAUAUGGGAGAUGGUUACUGGUGAAAUCGCAUAUUCGGCUUAUUCACCAGUGCAGGCGGCUGUCGGAAUAGCCGCUUGUGGGCUGAGACCGGAUAUACCAAAGGACUGUCCCCAGAUUUUAAGAUCUCUAAUGAUCAAGUGUUGGAACAGCUUCCCUUCAAAACGGCCUCAGUUCUCUGAGAUUUUAACGACAUUGACUCGUAAUGUCAACAAUUGCCAUGACAAUAAUAGGUGAUAAGUUUCCCACAUCACCAGCAAAAGAAAAUGUGUAUAGAAAUCCUACAUUGACUGAAAUGCCUGAUACAGGUAUUGGUCUUAUCUUAGAGUCAAAGUGAAGAGAUCUUAGAUCAUUUUGUUUUUUUCUCCUUUGGGGCUGAUCUUAGAUCAUCUUGUUUGUACUUUCUUGAGGGUUUUGAAAUGGAAGAGAAGGGCAAAGUUCUUUAUUCUUUGAGUCUCAUAUUUCCUUGUCAUUUCGAAUGCGAAAUGGAGAUGGUUAUACGUCGAUUUGGAUGAAUCCAUGUCGAAUUCUAUUUAUUUAUCAGCAA